AUGCCUGUAGCACGUGUUAUUGUUCAAUGUACACUUGUUCGUGGUACUCAAUGUCCAAAUAAUCAAUAUGAAGAAACAUUAUUACCUGAAUGUCGUAUGACUGAAUGGUCACCAUGGUCAUCAUGUUCGGUUAGUUGUGGUCAUGGAAUAAAAACACGUCGAUGUGCUUAUUUUAUGCCAGAGAAAGCUAUUCGUAGUCAUUGUAAUCAAAGAACCUAUGAUAUGACUUCAUGUUAUUUGGCAUCAUGUUUAUCAUCAAUGGCAAAUGAUAAUUCCAAAUCAUCAAAUAAUGCAAUGUGGAUGGUAAGCGAAUGGUCAGCAUGGUCACAUUGUUGUGUAACAUGUGGUACAGGAAUGCGCACUCGUUCUCGUACAAUGUUACAAGGUCGAGACAAUCCUCAAUGUCGAUUAGAAUAUCAAUUAAUGAAAAAAGAAAUAUGUCAUGGAAUGAAACCAUCAUGUGAACAAGGUCGUUUAAUAGAUAUGAUAGAAAAAAAAACUAGUUGUGGUGCUAAUGAUAAUAAUUUUCUUACACGUGAUGCAUGUGAAGAUAUAUGCAAUAUUUUAUUACGUGGACGAACAAGUUAUAAUAUAGCAAAAAAAAAAAAACAAAUUAAAAUAAUUUUUUUUCUAUAUAAUGAAUUUCGUUGUUUAGAGGAUGAUAAAAAUACACGUUCUAUGACAUUACCAUGGUCAGCAUGGAGUGCUUGUUCAUCUGUUUGUGGACGUGGAACACAAGUUCGAGUGCGUGCAUAUAAAGUAAAAUUUUUAGUUAUGGGUUUUUGUUCGGAACCAUUAGAAGAAUUUCGUGAUUGUGAAGUAUCUUGUGAUUCAGCACAAAUGUAUUGUUUAUCAGAUACACGGAAAAUAAUGAUUAAAAGUAUGGAAACAGCUGAAAAAAAAACGUAUGUUAAAAUUAAUUUAUAA